AACCAAGCAACGAGAACGCGAAACAGUCCGUGCUGCGCAUGUGCAGAUGUUUGUGCAGCGCAGAAACUUUUUAUUAACGAAAGCAACGCAAUAUUUUGCGAUCAAUAGUGAAAUAUCAAAGCUCGUCUUUUGAUUUAAUCGUGUUGUUUAUUUUUGAAAAACUAUUUUGAAUAAGAAUUUUAAUGGCAGGUAAAAAGAAGGAGAUUAGCUUGCAGGUUAAUAUUAAUGACGAUGAACAAUGGAGUGAAGUUAUGUCAACAAAAGGCUUAACAGUGGUUGAUGUGUACCAGCAGUGGUGCGGUCCCUGUCGUGCUGUCGUCAGUCUCUUCAGAAAAAUAAAGAAUGAGUUAGGAGACGAUCUGCUGCAUUUUGUCACAGCCGAGGCUGAUGGGAUUGAUGCUCUGGUGAAAUACAGAGGGAAAUGUGAACCCACCUUUCUGUUUUAUGCGGGUGGAGAAUUAGUGUCAGUUCUGCGGGGACCAAACGCUCCUCUCCUCCAGAAAAUCAUACAAGAUGAGCUGAAUAAAGAGAAGAAGGUGCUGGAACAUGGAGCUACACGCAGGCCCGUGAAAGAUGAAGGUUUAACUGAAGAAGACGAGUUGAAUGAUGAGACUGAAGAUCACAUGAAUGAUGAAGCUGUGUUUGUUCCUGCUAAUAAGUCAUACACAGUGGCAAUAAUAAAACCAGACGUGGUUGCACACGGCAAAACCAACGAGAUUAUUAUGAAGAUUCAGAAUGCAGGAUUUGUCAUCUUGGCCCAUGAGGAGAAAACUUUGACAGAAACAGAAGCUAAAGACUUUUAUCAACACAAAGCUUCAGAGCCUUAUUUUCAGGAGCUUGUCCAGUAUAUGUCGAGCGGUCCGUCUCAUGUCCUGGUCAUAUCUAAGGCGGAGGGUUCUGACGACGUCAUUCCAGCCUGGAGAGAAUUCAUCGGACCACCGGAUAUUGAUGAGGCCAAGAUGAAACAGCCAGACAGCUUGCGAGCGCAGUACGGCACCACGAGCGUUUUCAACGCCCUGCACGGCAGCCGGGACAGAGAGGUGGGCAGCAGGGAGCUGGCGUUCUUCUUCCCAAGCUUCAGGAUGGCGAACCCGGGCUCGGAGCGGGCCGGGCCGGAACAGGAGCAUGUGGAGAGGACGCUGGCGCUCAUCCGCCCAGACGCUGCCAGGGAAAACAGAGAGGAGAUCCUGGGCAGGAUUCAUGCUUCAGGUUUUAAAGUGGCGAUGCAGAAAGAGAUCAUGUUGUCUGAGGAUCAGGUGAGACAGUUUUAUAGCUCUCAUCUGGAAGAGGAAUAUUUCCCCAGCCUGCUUCAGAACAUGACCAGUGGACCUGUGCUGGCUUUAGCUCUUGUAAAGGAUGGAGCUGUGCAACAAUGGAGAAAAAUCCUGGGACCCAAAGAUCUCAUCCAGGCUAAGAAUGAGGAACCGGAUUGUUUGCGAGCACAGUUUUCAACAGAGAGCUCAAAUGUGAAUCAGCUGCAUGGCAGUGAAAGUUCAGAGGAGGCAGAGAAAGAGAUCAACUUCUUCUUCCCCCCAGAAAAAACACUGGCUGUCAUCAAACCCGACACGCAACACAAAGAGGAAAUCCUGGAUGAGAUUCAGGCCAGAGGAUUCACAAUUUCUCAUCUGAAAGAUACGGCUCUGUCCAGAGAGAUGGCAGAAGAAUUUUAUAAAGAACACAGAGAUAAACCCUUCUUCAGCCAACUAGUCGAUUACAUGUGCCGUGGUCCGUGUACAAUGCUGGUUUUGACUAAAGAGAAUGCCGUGGAGGAAUGGAGAGCAGCUAUGGGUCCAGCCGACCCCGGCGAGGCGAAACAUACGGCACCAGAAUCUCUGCGAGCUCGCUUCGCUAAAGACAUCUUAGAGAAUGCCGUCCACGGUUCCUCCAAUACAGAACAAGCACAUGAGAAGAUCAACUUCAUCUUUGGAGAUAUCGGCUCAGAGAACGAGCUCAUUCAUGAGGCGGUGUCUCCUGCUUUAGAAACGGAGGAAAGCUUUGCAGAACUCAGAAACCUUCAAGCAUCAAGAUCAUCGACAGUGGAUGACCAGAGAAACGAGGCCGAGCCCAACUCAACAGAUGGUGGUGAAGAAAUGAGCCAGCAAAUAUCACACGAGAUCGGAGCCGUCUCAGAUCAGAGAGUAACAUCAGAGACACCCAGCGAGAGCCAGCAGGACACGGGUGCAUGAAUCAUCUGUGAUUGUGGAUCAUCUGUGAAGAGAAGAAAGUCAGGCAUCAGAGAUCUGUUUAUAACCAAUCACAGCUCUUAUUGUAAACUUUAAACUUUAAAAAACUAAUCGUCAGUAAAGUUCUCUUUUAUUAAGGGGCUAUAACUGUUGAAUCUCAAUCAGAAUCAUUCAAUUCUUUAUGAUUUGCAUUCAAAUGUAAAUCUAUUUCAUGAAAACUUUAAAAUCUGAAGGAUCAAGCGAUCUGAAUGUAAAACUGUUCCUUAUGAAUUAUUAAUAAACUACCUUAAAGCAUAAACAUUUAACAAA